CGCGCGCGACCGCACGCGAACGUCCGUAGGUAGUUAGCGACAUCAUGGCGUCCCUCACGGCGUCUCUUAGCGCCUCCGUCGCGCAGAAGCGCGUCGCCCUCUCGGCGUCCAAGUCCAGCCGCUUCGUCGGCGCCCCCGUGCGCGUCACCGCCGCGGCGCCCAAGGCGGCCAAGGCUGUGUCUCUGACCGUGCGCGCGGAUGGCGAGGACAGGCUCCGCCUGCACAACCUCUCCCCGCUGAAGGGCUCCCGCAAGAAGCCCACGCGCAAGGGCCGUGGUUACGGCGCGGGUCAGGUGAGCAUCUAGGAAGACCCGUCACCCGCUCGUCCCUAGCGCGCUCCCGCGCAUCCAUUCACGCCCCUCCACCCUCCCUCGAGAGACGUGCGCCUGAAAAGUGGAUAGGGUCGUGUGCCCCGCGGUUUUUCAGUCCCUCCGCGCCGUGAUCUCACCUCCGCCCUCCCGAUCCCGAUCCCCUUCUCCCACAGGGUGGCACCUGCGGUUUCGGUAUGCGCGGUCAGAAGUCCCGCUCCGGCCCCGGCGUCCGCCCCGGCUUCGAGGGCGGCCAGACGCCGAUGCAUCGCCGCUUUCCCAAGCUCAAGGGCAUUGCCGGCGGCAUGGGCGCGGGCAAGGCGAAGUACGUGACCGUCAACGUCGACGACAUCUCCGCCGCGUUCGCCGCGAACAAGCUCGCGGCCGGUUCGGAUGUGAGCAUCGAGUCGCUCAAGGCUGCCGGCGUGAUCAACGCCACCGGCCACUACCGCAACCUUCCCCUCAAGGUGCUCGGCGACGGCGAGAUGGCCGCGGGCGUUAAGGUUCACGCCGCGGCUUUCUCCGAAUCCGCCAAGGCGAAGAUCGAGGCUGCGGGUGGUUCCGUCGAGGUCGUCCCAGGCCGCAAGAAGUGGGUCCGCGAGGCGGCCGCGGCGAACGCCUAA